UAUAUAAACUAUAAAUCGUGUUAACUUUCACCGAAAUAAACAGUUUCUCCAAAGAGAAAGAAACAAAAUCUUAAAAAAAGAAAGGAAAAGAAAAAGAAACCAUUUUUUAAAACACAAAAACAAAUUUCAUCUUUUCUUUAAGACAAUGGUGGGUGUUAAUGGAGAGAAACAAGACGCUGAUAGGAAAGUUUGGAGCCUUUGUAAAAUGCCCUUUUGGCAAACUAACAAUGCCACUUCUUCUGCAACUACCUCUGCUUCUUCCUCUUCGUCUUCUUCUUCUUCUUCUUCUUCCUCUUCUUCUUCAUCCACUUGCACAUCUUCCAGUUCCAUGAGUAGUAAUAAUAGUAUCAAUGGCAAUAAUGUUUGCCAACAGAGCCAGACUCAUCAGCUUGGAGGAGAAAGAUCGAGUCUUUAUUCUACCAAUACGGUGUCUCUUGUUGCCAAGUCUUUAUUGCCUACUAGAAGAAGACUCAGGCUUGAUCCUCCUAACAAGCUCUAUUUUCCCUAUGAACCUGGUAAACAGGCGAGGAGCGCUAUUGGCAUAAAAAACAUUUCCAAAUCUCAUGUUGCUUUCAAGUUCCAAACAACUGCACCAAAGAGCUGUUACAUGCGCCCUCCUGGAGGUAUACUUGCUCCUGGUGAAAGUCUUAUUGCAACUGUAUUCAAAUUUGUGGAGCCUCCUGAGAACAAUGAAAGACCAUUGGAACAGAAGAGCAGGGUCAAGUUCAAAAUCAUGAGCUUAAAAGUGAAAGGAGAAAUGGAAUAUGUUCCUGAGAUGUUUGAUGAGCAGAAGGAUCAAGUAGCAGUUGAGCAAAUCUUGCGGGUCAUUUUUCUUGAUCCAGAAUGCCCUAACCCUGCUCUAGAAAAACUCAAGCGACAAUUGGCUGAAGCUGAAGCUGAGCUAGAGGCACGCAAGAAACCUGCUGAAGAGACAGGAGCCAGAGUUGUGGGAGAAGGGCUUGUUAUUGAUGAAUGGAAAGAGAGAAGGGAAAGAUACCUGGCGAGACAGCAGAUUGAAGUAGACUCUGUGUGAAAGUUGUGUUUGUUUUAGUUUUUGUUGUAAGAAAGUUGUGUUUGGUGAGCUGAAGUUUCCAUGUAAUGCGAGGUUGAUUUGUUUAGUGGUGGAUGUUGAGGUGUGCCAAGAGAGGCUCGUAAGACAUCAAAAUUUGUAAAGCAAAUAUUUACUAUCAGAUCACACAAACUUCAACAAGUA